UGCGCUGAACGGGAGAUGGCAGUAGAGUUACCAUACUGUUCGACAGCAGAAGAAGUGUUCUGCACCCAAGCUAUAAAAGGGGGCGCCUCCCCUUUCCCGGUCUCACUCGUCUCUUAUCGGCACCACUUUACGUUCUCCUGUUCUCCACAUAAGGACAAAAGUUACUUUGUGAAAAUGUCGGAUGAGGGUAAGCUGUUCAUCGGAGGGCUGAGCUUCGAGACCAACGAAGAUUCUUUGGCUGCAGCUUUCGGCAAAUAUGGAACCAUCGAAAAAGUUGAUGUAAUCAGAGACAAAGAGACCGGAAGAUCUCGUGGCUUUGGCUUUGUGAAAUACGACAAUGUUGAGGAUGCUAAAGAUGCUCUGGAUGCCAUGAACGGAAAGACACUUGAUGGACGGGCAAUUCGAGUUGAUGAGGCAGGAAAGGGUGGCCGCUCCAGAGGAGGCUUUAGCUCUGGCCCACGUGGAGGCAGGUUCAACUCUGGUGGCCGUGGGGGGAGGGGACGUGGCUUCUCCAGUCGCGGUGAGUAUUACAACCAAACUAAUUCACUUUUUUUUUCUCUCUCCUUUGUAUGUAAUAUUUGCUCUGUGCAUUUAGGUGGCAGCUACGGUGACAGAAGCUACGGUGACAGAAGCUAUGGCGACAGAAGCUUUGGUGGUGGAGACAGAAGCUUUGGUGGCGGUGGAUACAGAAGUGGAGGAUAUUCCUCAGGUGGUUACAGGGACAACAGGGGACAGGGUGGAUAUGGAGACCGCUCUGGAUCCUAUCGUGACAGCUAUGACAGCUAUGCGACACACGAGUAAACCUCCCUGAUUCAAGAUUCAUCACUUGGCUGGCCGUAUUUGAAAGCUGUGCUCCUCAAGGAAAAAAAACAUGUCCACGUGUAUUAUGUAGUUCUGUUGUAGAAGCUUGGCAUCUGACUUAAAUGUAGCCAUGAGUUUUGGUUAUUUCUCAACCAUGUUACAAAUUAUAAUUUACUAGUCUUGCUCAAUUGACCACUCCCAUCGUUCAAAACAUCUGUAUGAUCUCACUACUGUACGGUCCCCUUCUUUUAUUACGUGGGGAUAAAGCAGCUAUCCACAUUGCUUUCUGUCGAUCAGUUAAUCAGCUAAUUUCUUUUGUCCAGCACUUUAAAGUGUUUUGUUUUUUUAUAAGAUCUUAAUGGGGCUUUUUUGUUAUCCUUGUUGAUAAACUGACCUACCUCCUACCAAAUCUUUAAACUGAGGAAAGAACUAGCAUACUCAGAUUAACCUUUGGGGGAUUUUAUUGUUAAAUUUCUUAAACUAUUGAGAACCUUAGCUUACCCAAGGCUCAUUUUGUGUUCAAUCUCCCAAAAGAGUGAAUUCCUGGUGAACUACACAUCCGAAGUGGCCGGCUGUUCAUGAAGUUGCAAAAUGCAGCAUGCUACAGUCUGCCCAAGGUAUCUUCUGUGCUCUGCUCAACAUCUGCAUCUUAACUGUGCUGUAAAUGGACUCUUGUUUAAAGUGAUCAGAAAAUGUAACUUCGUUACCAGAGUAAACUGAACGGGAACAGUUUUUUUGUACUUUAUGUUCUUUGUAUGAUCCAAGAUUUUUUUUUUCUUUGUCAGUUUGGCUUCAUGGAGCCUAUUAAAACAAUGUGAAAUGA